UAAAGCCGGCGCUCGAUAAAAUACAUGUUUGGUUGUGUAUAUUAGCCCAAUAUUAGCGAAUAAAUUGUAACAUGCAUUUGCUUAGAUUGAUGCCUUCUCUUCUACUCACAUCCACAUAUUACAGAUGCAUUAUUUCCAUAUUUGUAUCUACAGUAAUUUAAUAUUAUUAAUAAAUUACUCAUCAUUAUACUAUAGUUCUUUCAUAGUUUUUGUUUUCUUUUAGAUGAGGUACAGCGUCUCCUUUUUCCUUGCUAUUUUGGCAACUGUUUCUACUUUAAGUGAUCAUGAAGAAUGGACACAUUUCAAAAAAACUCAUGGUAAAUUCUAUAAAAACUCAGUUGAAGAAGCUUUCCGAUUUUCAGUAUUUCAAGCAAAUUUACGAAAAAUCGAAGAACACAAUGUAAAAUUCGAACAAGGACUAUCUACUUUCGAAAUGGGGAUGAAUGUAUUUGGAGAUUUAACCACCGAGGAAUUUCUUGAGAGGCAGAAGCUUUCAAAGAUAAAUAGACCGUCUACUUCAGCAACAACUAAAAAUGUUAAAGUUGAAUUCGAUGGUAAUGUUCCAGAUGCAGUUGACUGGAGAGACAAGGGAGCACUAACUGAUGUAAAAGAUCAAGGACAGUGUGGAUCCUGUUGGGCAUUCAGCACCACUGGUGCAAUUGAAGCAGCAUAUUUUAUUAAAACAGGAAACCUCGUUUCUCUGAGUGAACAAAACCUCGUUGAUUGUGCUUCAGGUGUUCAAGGCUGUUAUGGUUGCAGUGGUUGUUGGAUGGACAGAGCUAUGCAGUACACUGAAGAUAAUGGGAUAAUGAGAGAAGAGGAUUACCAAUAUAAAGCAAAAGACGAUGAAGGUUGCUUAUUCAAUGUAUCGGAAUCUGUAUUGAAACCCAAAGAACAUAUUUUUGUAACUGUAGGCAGCGAAGAGAAUUUAAAGGAGGCUGUUGCUAGGCAACCAGUAUCUGUAGCUAUAAACACAAGACAAGUAUUUCACUUGUACAAAUCAGGAAUUUUAAAUGAUCCAACUUGUACAUCAGACGACAGGCAUUUAGACCAUGCUGUAUUGGUUGUUGGAUAUGGUACUCUUAAUGGUACUGACUACUGGAUAGUAAAAAAUUCUUGGGGUUUAACAUGGGGCCAAGAAGGUUACGUUUUCAUGUCAAGAAAUAAGAAUAAUCAAUGUGGAAUUGCUACAUUUGCUGUAUACCCAGUGUUGUAA